AUGGCUAUUACGAAACCUCACGUUGAGGCAAAUGCUUUUGUGCGACGCUAUUAUUCUACGCUCUCUAAGUUUCCCCGUCAUAUCCACAAGUUUUAUAGCGAAUCUAGCCUUCUAUCCUGGCCAGGUUCUGAUGGUGAUUCGGCACCUGCCACAACCUUGAGCGCAAUUAACAACAAGAUUAUGUCAUCUGACUUCAUGAAUUUCACGAUGGAGGUCAAUACUGUGGAUGCCCAGGCGUCUAAAGAUGGAGGGAUUAUUGUUGCGGUAACUGGUUCUUUCAUCGGGGAUGAUCAAGUGACUUAUAUUUUCUUUCAGAACUUCUUUUUGGCCAAGCAAGGGAAGGGAUUCUACGUGCUGAACGACAUUCUUAGGGUUUUUGAUGCAUCCGGUUCUAUACCCAAAGCUGAUGCUAAUCCUCCUGCUGUGCAGACCUCUGUUGAAGUCGAUGUAUCUGACUGCUCAAAAUCCUUGCCCGCUGAAAAAGCCGAAGAACAAGUUGAAAAUGUCAAGAAUGCCCUUGAUGUGUCCGUUGCCCCUAAGGAGUCUCUUGCAAAAAGUUCCCCGAUUUCUCCCAUUGCCUCUGAGCCGGCUUUAAAUUUAAGAACAGUUCCGGGAAUGUCUUAUGCUUCCAUGGUGGCUAAAAGUGCCCCUGCAAUGCUACCAAAAGCAGCUACCCCAAAGGCUACGACUCCAAAGCCUGCAGUGGUCACCUCAGUAGCACCGAGCAAAAUCGUGUCUAAAUCACCAACAGGAAGCAAAAGCACUCCGCAAGCUAAUCCUCAGCCGGAAGGCAGAGGAGUAUUUGUUGGAGGGUUGCCUUACGAAAUAACCGAACAAGGUCUGAGGAAUGCCUUGAAGCAGUUUGGACCUGUCAGAACAUAUCCAAAUGCUGUUCAGAUUAAGAAACAUAACGAUGGCUUUUGUUUUGCACUUGUCGAAUUCGAAUCUGCUGAUUCUGCUCGUAAAGCUGUCGAGGUUCAUCGUGUCAAAUUUGGUGAAAAGGAAGCUUAUAUUACACACAGGAAGUCGCCCGCCAACCGUGGUGCAAGGUCCCCUACAAGGGCUGGGAUUAGAAAUGGCAAUGGAAACAAGCCCGGUUACGAUAAGGGUCGGGCCGCCGGCUCUCAACAGAGCCGAUCAUCUGGUCACGGGGCUAGGAAGACUAAUUGA